AUGCUUCUUGAUUCCGGUCAAGUCUCCGAGCGCCCUCGACGCGUGGUGGUGAACGCACGUUUUCUCCGGGCAAACGUAAACGCGCUUCCGAACCUCUUUUCCCGUCCGCUGCUUCAGCUUCCACGGCAGGUUGUGGCCUCGCCGGUGAAGCUGAAGGUUCUGAUCCCUUUGGAAGCCCUUACCGCAUAUCUCGCAAAGGAAUCGCGGAAUAAACCCCUCUCUCUCUUCCAUUACUCUCUCUCUCUCAUUGCUAUCAUUACUUGCUCUCUCUCUCUCAAAAACCUCCACCGCCCCACGUUCACCCAUCUCAACGCAAAGAAAACCUCCCACCCGAACUUGUUCCUUGACGGCGCGUUUUCAGUUCACGGCGACAAAUUUCCAACAACCACAUCGAGAUCAACAACGUCUCGAUCUCCCACCCGGACUUUGUCCCUUGACUGCAUGUUUUCGGUUCAAGGCGUUCCCGGUCCGUUCGACGUGGAUCGAUCCCCGCCGUGCGAUUCUUCCGGCAGCCAGGGCGGGUAUGGUUCAGAUCAGGCGGCACAGUGGACCAGCAUCAUGAGAUCGUUGAGCUCCAGCCGAUUUGUCUCUUUCGCAAUUGGGCCGAAUUCAGUUGUGGAUACGAUUCUACGGGAUAACCGGAAUUUAAGCGGUGUUUCUGUUUUCGCCCCUCCCAACACCGGCUUCAUUUCUUCCCCGUCCCCCUUUCUAGACAAGAUUGUGAAAAUUCACAUUUUGCCCAAGAGGUUUGGUUAUUUGGAGUUGAGUGCCGCCGUGAAUUUGAAUUUGAGGACCUUGGUUCCUAGCUAUUACCUCAAAAUGGACAAGUUUUUGUAA